AUGGAAGACUCGUUCAACUUCUCACUACUACGAAUACCAAUAGCACAAGUGCUCAAAGCGUCUGGGUUCGACAAAUGCAAACCGUCGCAUCUCGCCAUACUCACGGACUUGAGUCUCCAUUUCAUGAACGAGUUAACUCAAGAGGCAAUCAAAUGCAGCCAGGUUCGAAUACAAUCCAACUCGCCUGAAGUACAAGACGUGAUGCAAGCCAUGAUAAACAUUGGGUUCAUCAAGGCGCAGAAUCCGCAUUUGAUCCACGAUGCCUAUUUCAAAGAAAAUGAGCAAUAUAACACUAAAUCCAUCAUUUCUUUUCGAGAUUGGUUUCAGCGUAGCUAUAAUUUUGCCACGGCGGCGUUGAAAUUGAAUCAAGUGCCGCAAAGUUUGAUCAAUGCCUUGAUUGAGAAACGCCGGUUGGAUGUCGACGAUGGCGGUGCUAACGCGGGGACGGGGACGGGGGAGAGUGCCGUGGAGAAGCGCAAGCGCAAGCAUAAGGAACGACAAGAGUUUUAUAAUCAGUUGAAGUUGAAUGAUGAUGAGCAGAAACAGGCGGAGGAGCAUCAUCGUAAGCAGGAGGAAAAAGAGGAAGAAGAAGAAGAAGCAGCUGCGAAACAGCAGCAGCAACAGCAACAGCAACAACAUCAACAACAGGUGGGAGCAACGUCGCUAAGUGGUGGUGUCGAUGGCGAUGGCGCUAAUGAGGAAAGCAAGAAGAAAAAGAGAAAGAUGACCUGGUUAAACUAUUUACUUGAAAAGGACUUGAAGUUGGGCCAUGACCUCAAAUUUCUCAAUGCUAAUGAGUUUAUCCUUGACGAGUUUCUAAAGUUUCAAGAUGAUAAAGAUUUGCACCCUGCUGAGACCACCAAGGCUGAUUUGGAUGAAGUUGUCGCUGAAUCAGAAAAGAAUGACUAUAUAGUGAGUGAGAUUCCCAAGCCUCGUGAUUUUGAAUUUGAGUAUGAAUCCGGUGCCGUUGGUGGUGCUAGUGGCGGCGGAGUAUUCUUUGGCAAGGAGAAAAUGAGGGACGCUGCUGAUGUCAAUGCUGAUCUUUGGAAAAGCGAAGAGAAUUUAAAGGCAUUUUUGCCUUAUAAUGUCAAGUAUCCGGAGGAACUCUUGUCUGAUGAGCUCGAUGUUGUUGUUGAGGGUGGCGGGGCUGGUGAACUGAGUCCGCAGCCUUUACCCGAUGAGCUAUUCGCUGAACCUGGCGAUGUAAUAUCUGGUGAUUUAAUCAUGGGCGAGAGCUGA